CGGAACUUCCUGUGUAUGACGCCAACACUCCAGUCAACAGUGCAGGCCCCACCUUUUGUGUUGCUCACCGCCAGUCAAUCAAAAUACAAGCAAAUCUUGACAGUUAUCAUCUUUUUCUACGCGGCUGCCGUCAAUACUAACUACCGGUCAUGUCGGGUUGGCUGUAACUGUCAAGAUUUUCCGCUUAACGGCAAGUCACGCCAUGACUGCGCCAGAACAGCCGCUAAAAGCAGACGAAAUGGCUGCUUCUUUGGACGUAAACAGCAGCCAAAGAAGCUUUUUGCAACAUGAAGACGCCGCGGGCAAUCAGGAUAUUGAGUCGUCGUCCCUUGACCUGCUUGCAACCACCUGCACUAAGGUUGGCUCACCGGCAUCAGAAGUGGACAGAGGUGAUGCUGCCGGUGUGACUACAGAUGAAACAUCUGCUCAUCUUAAUGUGUCUGAUAAAUGGGAGGUAUUGGCCCCCACCACAACUGGAAAGGAUGAUCCCGGGAUGAUACAGAUCCAAGGCCAAGGAAUACUAACGCCAAAUGGACAGUACGUUCUUCCUCUCCAGAGUUUGCAGAGUCAACCGAUUUUUGUGUCAUCAGGAAGUGACACUGCCUCUGUCAAUUCAGUGCCUAACAUUCAGUACCAAGUAAUUCCUCAAAUUCAGAAUGCAGACGGACAGCUGAGCUAUGCCACCACAGGCAUGGAAGGGGCAACUCUGAGUCAGGAUGCAGCGGGACAGAUUCAGAUCUUGCCUGAUGGUAGCCAGGGUCUCUGUGUGACAUCCACUGCAAACAUCCUUUCAAACAACCAGAGCCUCAUAUCACAGACUGGGAAUAUCCAGCCGAUCCAGGGGAUUUCUAUUGGCAGCUCCGCAUUCAACAACCAGGGUCAGGUUGUUACAAACGUGCCUAUGGGUUUACCAGGGAACAUCACUUUUGUUCCUAUUAACAGCAUAGACUUGGACGCAUUAGGUCUAUCUGGAGCGCAGACGAUAGCGACAGGUGUCACCGCUGAUGGCCAGCUAAUCAUGGCAAACCAACCAGGGAGUGGCUCCGAAAGUCAAGAGAAGACCAAUGAUCCCCUCUCACAAACACUACCAGUAAAUGAUGCUAACACCGAGCUUUUUGUGCCGACGUCUUCCUCCCAGCUACACAAUCCGACCAGUGAAGCGAGUCUUCUGACCCAAGACACCUCGUUAUCAAGUGUGACAUCACAACAGUCUGACUCGUCCACUGCCCUCCAGCAGGGCUUCAUCCAACAGACUCAAGAGCAGAACAUCCAGGGGUCAUCUGCUCAGCCCAUCGUCCAGCUACAGCAGGUGCCUCUGCAAACCACCAACGGCCAGGUGGUCCAGUCAGUGGCUACAGGCAGCCAGGGUGUGCAAAAUCUGCAGCUGAUCAACCCUGGGACCUUCAUCAUCCAAGCCCAGACGGUGACCCCAUCAGGCCAGAUACAAUGGCAGACCUUCCAGGUACAAGGUGUGCAGAACCUUCAAAACCUUCAACUUCCCACCACCGUCCCUCAGCAGAUUACCCUGGCUCCGGUCCAGACGCUAUCACUGGGUUCCAGUCCAGUCAGUGCAAACUCUGGGCAGAUCCCCAACCUUCAAACAGUGACAGUCAACUCAGUUGCACAACAAGAAGGAAAUGCAGACCUCCCCGGAGAAAUCCGGAUAAAGCAGGAGCCGGACUCAGGGGACUGGCAGCUAAGCGCUGAUUCUACCCUAAACACCAGCGAUCUGUCCCACCUUCAGGUCAGGCUGGUGGAGGAUGACGAGUAUAUAGGCCUGGGAGGCAAGAGGCUGCGUAGGGUGGCGUGCACUUGUCCCAACUGUAAAGAGUCUGGUGGGAGGGGAGCCGGGGUGGGGAAGAAGAAGCAACACAUCUGCCACAUCACAGGCUGUGGGAAAGUGUAUGGAAAGACGUCACACCUGCGAGCACACCUGCGAUGGCAUUCGGGGGAGCGACCUUUUGUCUGCACCUGGAUGUACUGCGGGAAGAGGUUCACACGCAGUGAUGAGCUGCAGAGACAUAGGAGAACACACACAGGCGAGAAGAAGUUUGUGUGCCCUGAAUGUUCCAAGCGCUUCAUGCGGAGUGAUCACCUGGCCAAGCACAUCAAAACUCACCAGAACAAAAAAGGUGUGAAUUCUGGUAACACUAUGGUGACAUCCGUGGAAUCGGCAGGGUCCUCGGACAGCCUCAUCACCACACCGGGCGGGACUACCCUCAUCCUCACAAACAUCCAGCAGGGCUCCAACAAUGCCCAGGACAUCCUGGCCAAUGCGGAGAUCCCCCUGCAGCUCGUCACCACCUUAGCGGCCAGCGAAAUCAUUGAGUGAUUGACCCCCCUCUCCCCCACCACACACACAGACACAAAAACUCACGUGAUAUGGUUCUUGUAUACUCCUUCCUGCAUUUUUAUUCCAAUUUUGAAGAAAAAAAAAUUAUAUAUAUACAUAUAUAUAUUUUACCAUUGAAUGAGGGUCUUGUCCACUCUGCUAUGAAGUGGAGGUAAGAAUAGGAAAAAGACAUUGCAGUAAUUACACAAGGAAAUGCCUUAUUUUGUACAAUAAUGUAGUUGUAGGUUAGGGUGUCCUCAAUCAACAUUUUUAACAUUUUCUUACUUUAACCUUACAUCCUUGUUCCCGUUUUUCUUUGAGCCAAGAGAAAGUUUUGCCUCCAAGUAAUUUCUGUCCUCUUUAAUUACUGUCUUUGAUGCAAAUGUUUUUUUUUUUUUAUUUUAUUUUCUUUGUGGUGCAUUUUCCCACACUCACACGCGUGCUUCCAAUUUAGCAAUUCUUACACUGCAAUUUUGUAGGUGAAAACAUUUUUUUUUCCAGUUUCACUACAAAAGGACCAACGCGUCAUCAGAUCAUUAGCUAGUUUCCACGAUACAGAUAUGUAUCUUAACAACAUAAUGUUUUUACAACUAAUGGCAACGCUCUCAAAAGGGUAAUUGUGAGUAAAUGCAUUUUUAAGACUUUGUGGAGGACUAUUUUUUUUUUUUUUUUUUUGAAGCUGUUUUGGGUGACAGUUGCCAAAUUUGCUCAGGGUGAGUGGUGACUGCAUGACAAGUUCAAAAUUUCCCCUGCACUGUCUCAUUUUGUCGGACUAAUCUUUUCAGAUGGACCAAAAGCUCAGAAGAAUGUUGGCACUGCAAUUAUACCGGUUCUUAUUUAGUUAUUAGCCAUGACAUCUUUUCCCAUUUGGCAACGACCCUUGUUUCUUUUACCCAAUCAUCUCAGCUGUGCAAUUCACAAUCAGUCCAAUUUAAGUGUAAAUGUCAUUUUGAAGGUGGUACUUUGAAUUUUGAACUGCACUGUCCUCUUGUAAUGAAUCAUUGUCUGCAUCCAUGUCAGCAAAUAUGUAUUUGUAUAGAUUUUUAUAUAAUGUGUUGCAUUUCCAUUUUAAAUGUUUUUAUUUCUGCCCCGACAUCUAAAGGAAUACGUGAAAUGUUACUUAUGUACGCAUUGUCCUCUUCAGCUGACACAAACUGUUCCUUGUGUGCUAAGAAUUGCAGUUUUUACUUUAUAACUGUACAAAAAAACAGUAUAAAAAUUUCUGUUACACAC